UGUAGCCUAAGUUUUUGCCUAAUUAAGGUUCAAAUGUCAAAAGCAGCUGAUCCUUUCUUUUGUUAUUAAAUAUUAAAAAUUUUCUUUGUAAUUGUAAUCAAUAAUCAAGGCUGGGUCUGUGACUAAGUUGUGGUUAAUAAUAUAAGUCGAAAAAUGUUGGCCCCAGAAGAAAGUUCGGUUAACAAUGUAGACAAAGCACCUCUGGUAGGCGGCCCUGGUUCUUCCAUGAUUCGAAAAAUUUCUGGAAUAUUCCAUAAGAACCAACAGUCUUCGACGAGUGCCUCAGGAUCCAGCUAUGUUCGAUUUAACAGUUUUACAGAUGAGUCAAAUACCAGAACAUUGGGUUCAUUUGCUGGUGUUUUUGCACCAGUUACUCUGUCUAUGUUUUCAGCUUUGAUAUUUUUACGUAUGGGAUAUCUUGUGGGAAAUGCAGGUCUUUUAGUAACUUUAUUACAACUUGUAAUAGCUUAUGCAAUUCUUUAUUUUACUGUUAGUUCUGUAUGCGCCAUAUCCACUAAUGGGGCUGUGGAAGGAGGAGGGGCAUAUUUUAUGAUAAGUAGAACCUUAGGACCAGAAUUUGGUGGGUCAAUAGGAACCCUAUUUUUCUUGGCAAAUAUUGUUAGCAGUGCUCUUUGUAUAUCAGGGUGUAUAGAGGGCUUAGUAGCCAAUUUAGGACCCUCAGGAUACUUUAGCAAAAAUAUUGUACAAGGAAGUCGGUGGUGGGAGUUUCUAUACUGCUCAAUUCUUAACAUAGCAAAUCUCAUAAUUUGUCUAAUAGGAGCUUCCAUGUUUGCCAAGACAACGGUUUUUGUAUUAGCAAUAGUUUGCAUAUGCUUAGCUAUAACUUUUUUUAGUUUCUUUUAUCAACCAACCCAGGAGGUUCCCAUUCCAUCAAUAAAUACUUUGUGUCCAAAUAUAACUAAUUUCACGUAUACAGGACUUAAUACAACCACAUUACACGACAAUCUGUUCUCCCAUUAUGGUAGGGACUACACUACACCCAAUGGUGAAACUGUUACCUUCGCUACAGUUUUUGGAGUUCUUUUUUCUGGAGUUACAGGCAUUAUGGCUGGAGCAAACAUGAGCGGAGAAUUAAAAAGUCCAGGAAAAUCUAUCCCCAAAGGGACUUUAUCAGCGGUUACAUUUACUUUGUGUGUUUAUCUAACAAUGUCUUUACUAACUGCAUCUACUGCGACCAGUGACUUGAUGAGAAAUAACUACCUAUAUUUGGAAAAAGUCAGUGUAUUUCCUGCAAGUGUAGCCAUUGGUCUUUUUACUGCAACAUGGUCAGCUGCGCUAAGUAAUGUUAUUGGCGGAUCACGUGUUUUAGAAGCUCUGGCCAAAGAUAGAAUUUUUGGUUAUGUCCUGGAUUUUAUAACGAAAGGAACAUGGAAAGGGAAUCCUGUAGCUGCAGUAUUAGUGUCGGCGUUUCUUGUACAACUUGUACUUCUGAUUGGUUCUCUUAACUUAAUUGCCCAACUGAACGCUGUGUUAUUUUUAUUGAGUUAUUUGGCUACAAAUUUGGCAUGUUUAGGGCUUGAACUUGCUGGAGCACCUAAUUUUAGACCUUCCUUUGCCUAUUUUACGUGGCAUACUGCCCUUAUAGGACUUAUCGGAACUCUAGUGAUGAUGUUUGUUAUAAACGCCAUUUAUGCUGCUUGUAGCAUAGCUGCAUGUAUGUUUUUGGUGAUAUGUUUGCAUCUGUUUUCUCCUUCAAAAGGUGCAGAUUGGGGAAGUAUAUCUCAGGCUUUGAUAUUUCACCAGGUUCGAAAAUAUCUACUUCUACUAGACUCCCGCAAAGAUCAUGUAAAAUUUUGGCGUCCCCAGAUAUUACUUCUUGUAAAUAGCCCUCGAUCCGCUUGUCCUCUUAUUGACUUCGUCAACGAUCUGAAAAAAGGCGGCCUCUACGUUUUAGGACAUGUUGUUAGAGAAGAGUCCCAUGAAGGUCCGGACCCUACCAUAGACAUGGUACCCCAUUGGCUUAAUUUGGUUGACCAUUUAAAAGUCAAGGCCUUCAUAGAACUCACUGUCGCUAAAACAGUAAGAGAAGGUCUACUUCACCUUAUGAGGUUGAGCGGUAUGGGGGCCAUGAAGCCUAAUACUGUUAUUUUUGGGUUUUUGGACGAUCAAGAAACUUCAGAUUUCCUUAUUCAGCCAGAUUCAUCUUAUCAAAACCUCGAUUUUGACAAUAAUGUCUUCCCGCUCACGGAGGUUAAUAGUGUGGAACCUCUGGAGUAUGUCCAGAUGAUGAGAGAUGUUUUGCGGAUGAAUAAAAAUUUGUGUCUCUGCAGGAACUUUGCCAAACUAAAUAAAGAUCAACAAAUUGUCAAAUCAAAGUUGUACAUUGACGUGUGGCCCGUAAACUUUUUAAAUCCAGGAGAACGGGACGCUUUCGACAUAACCUCACUUUUUACGAUGCAAUUAGCAUGUAUAGUGAAUAUGGUACCGCUAUGGAGCAGGCUAAAACUAAGAAUAUGCUUUUGUGAUGAGACGAGGGUCGGUUUAUUUCAUAUAAACUCAGCGGGGCAAAGCCAUAUCAAUAAGUUGGAAACGAUGCUGAAAAAGUUAAGAAUUGAUGCCGAGAUAUUUCUUGUUACUCAGUGGGGCAGUGUUAUUGAGAGCCAUGGAUCUAAUAUGACAACGUAUGUAUCAAGUGUAAACUCUCUUAUCCUCGACCGAUCUACCGAAACAGCUGUGACGUUCAUCUAUCUCCCAGCCCCUCCUCAGGAUGACGACCAUGCAGUACUUUAUUAUAAUAAUUUAGAAGUAAUAUCACGUAAUUUACCUCCAACCAUUUUUGUUCAUGGUGUUAGUACUGUGACAUCUACUACACUUUAAUAGGUCUUAAUCUAAGUGUUUGGAAAAAUUGACGUUUAACCUCAAAAUACUUAAAGUUUAUUUUCAAAUUAGUUGUACUGUAUUUUUUAUAUAUUUUUUAAUAUCCUUAGACAUAGUAAGUGUUUUAUAUUAUUGUAUGAUCUUUCAUAAAGCUUAGAAAAUAUAAACAUUUUGCCCAAACA